CACUGACCACAUGUAAACAAAUUAUGAUCAGCUGCGAACCGCAUGCCACAUCUGCACACCUCUGCGAUUAAAAAGGUCGGGAAAAUCCGCUCACCUCUUCGGUUGUCGACUCAAAUCGCAAAGGAUCGCCACGGCGGGACGUAAAAAGGAGCCGGAGUCGCUUUGAGUCUUUGUGUUGACAAGAUCGAUCGACCUGGUGAACGGGAAUAAACGUAAACCGUUUCUAAGAUACAUUGAGAACCGACUGCCGCCCUCCCCAUUUCAACAGGACCCGCACCCCCAACUGUGUCUUCUUUCCAAAACGGAUCUUCUUGAGUGAAAGAGAACGAGAUGCGAGUUCCAAGUGGACGUGGUUAUUGGAAGCCUGAGGGGGAAGAUGUCCAGCGACAGGCAGAGGUCUGACGACGAGAGUCCGAGCACAAGCAGUGGGAGCUCGGAUGCCGACCAGCGUGACAACCCGCAAGAAGAGAGGAAAGAGCCAUCCUCUCAGCAACAACCGAAAAAGAAAGACCCCAAGGUAUCCAGCAAAACCACAGCCAAACUCUCCACCAGUGCUAAAAGAAUUCAAAAGGAAUUAGCAGAAAUCACAUUGGAUCCGCCUCCAAACUGCAGUGCUGGUCCAAAAGGCGACAAUAUAUAUGAGUGGCGAUCUACCAUACUAGGUCCUCCUGGUUCAGUUUAUGAGGGAGGUGUUUUUUUUCUGGACAUCACUUUCUCAUCUGAUUAUCCAUUCAAACCACCAAAGGUAACUUUCCGGACCAGAAUCUAUCACUGCAAUAUUAACAGUCAGGGAGUAAUCUGUCUGGACAUCUUGAAAGACAACUGGAGCCCAGCUCUGACCAUUUCAAAGGUUCUACUUUCUAUUUGCUCACUCCUGACAGACUGUAAUCCAGCGGAUCCUUUAGUUGGGAGCAUAGCAACCCAAUAUUUGACCAACAGAGCAGAACAUGACAGGAUAGCCAGACAGUGGACCAAGAGAUAUGCUACAUAAAUUGCAUCACUUCCUGUGUUGUGAAAAGGAGCAGGAGGCAUUAUUUACAAUGUGCAACAAUUCUUUAUAGCCUUUACAAUACGGACUUCUGUGUAUAUGUUAUACUGAUUCUAAUCUCUGCUUUUAUCUUUGAAGAUUGGGAAAGGCCCUGUAAAAGGUAAAAGCUAUCGAAGUAGAUCUUUGUAGCAGUAGAUUAGUUAUGUUUAAAUGCCUACUUGCAAGUCUGCUUCUUUGGGAUAUCAAAAUGUAUUUUGUGAUGUAAUAAGGAAAAUGUUCCUCAAGUCAACCAAAUAUUAUGGUGCAUUUUAGCCUAAUCCAUUAUCUGUAUGAAAUCUAUGAUAGCUGUAGAUUAUUAGAAUUUUGGCAUUCGUAUUAAACCCAGUUCCAUUUCUGAUCAUGUGGUACAUGCUGUUGUGAAUCCGUUUUACCUUUUUGUCAAUUUGUAAUGAAGAGAUUUCAUUUAAACCUUUGUAGCUCUAAAUAAUGAGCAUAUGAUGUAUCAUCUCAAAACACAAUAAACUGUUUCCGAGGUUA